GCGAAACAGUGCACACACCGCAACCGCAAAUCGCCGCAUAUGAUGCUCUUUGUCCCAGAAGCCCAUUGUACACAGCGGAGGAAACCCUGUGGCGUUAUUAUGUGCCGUGAGCAGCCAUCUUGGAUAGACUGAUCAUACUUGAGCCAGGAUAACCUGCAUUCCUCUUCUAAACAGCUCAAGAACACAAAGCUCAAAAGACUUUCUGAGCCACAAUGACCACUGCACCGUACAACUACUCCUACAUUUUCAAGUACAUCAUUAUCGGGGACAUGGGGGUAGGGAAGUCAUGUUUGCUUCACCAGUUCACAGAAAAGAAAUUCAUGGCGGAUUGCCCCCAUACGAUUGGUGUAGAGUUUGGUACAAGGAUAAUUGAGGUGAGCGGCCAGAAGAUCAAGCUGCAGAUUUGGGACACAGCGGGACAAGAGCGCUUCAGGGCUGUCACCCGCUCCUACUACCGCGGAGCUGCAGGGGCGCUCAUGGUCUACGACAUCACCAGGAGAAGCACGUACAACCACCUCAGCAGCUGGCUGACUGAUGCCAGAAACCUCACCAACCCUAAUACUGUGAUCAUUCUCAUCGGAAACAAAGCAGACUUGGAGGCCCAGAGGGACGUCACAUAUGAGGAAGCCAAGCAGUUUGCUGAGGAGAAUGGUCUGUUGUUUCUGGAAGCCAGCGCAAAAACAGGUGAAAACGUUGAGGACGCCUUCCUGGAAGCUGCCAAGAAGAUCUACCAGAACAUCCAAGAUGGCAGCCUGGACCUGAACGCCGCUGAGUCGGGCGUCCAGCACAAGCCCUCGGCCCCUCAGGGCGGCCGGCUAACCAGCGAACCACAGCCCCAGAGGGAAGGCUGCGGAUGCUAAUGACCAAGCAAACCCCCUUUAUCCUCCCUUCCUCUUUCUGUCUCUUCGUCUGUCCUGCCCACCCUCCUUUAACCAUCUCCCCUCCAUCCAUUCCUCCACCUCCGUACGUCCAUCCACCCUCCUCCCUCACUGCACUAGGAGCUGCAUGAGUGCAGGGCUGCGGAGGGAAGAAACGUGUGUGUGGGGGGGGCGGCAGAUACCGAAUUGGGCUAGACUUGAGCUGUGUGGACUACAUCUCUCCCCUCCUCUUCUCUACCAGUCUGUCUCACUCCUCCUCCCUAAACUCUGUCAGUGUGUUGUCGUCCCAUAACACUUGCGCUCCUCUUGCACCAUUCAGUCUAGUUCUCCCCGUCAUAGUAUCGUAGACGCCACCACACAUCACACGGGUUACUGACACUUUAGAUAGAUGUAAUGUUCAUACGAUAAUGAUACACAGAGACUGUUGUUUUUUUAUGUUUGGUUUUAUAGCUAUAUAUAUGACGUGUAAACACUGCAUUAAGUUUCAUCCACCACCACCACCACUGAUCAGUUCUGUAUGAAUCGGAUGUAAAUUAUACUCUCAAACUCCUGACAUCUCUCCUGCAUGGUUUACCAAUCCAGCAUUUUAUCGAGACAUGCGGGUGUGAUAUCUCACACGUUAAUUUGUGUGGGAUUAGACAGUGAAGGCAACGAAGCAGUGUAUCAUGCAGCCGCACAGGUAGAGGCUCUUAAGUGUGUGUGUGUGUGUGUCAAAGAACGUGUAGCAGAGUGAGCUUUUUCAGCAGGAUUCAAACCUGCUUGUGGCUUUUAUUUUGUUUCUGCUGCUCGGCACAGAGUGUGUUCCGGCAACACUGAUGUUCUCAGGAGAGAGAGAGAGAGAGGGAAGACAUUUUAGAAAACCAGUAAUUGCCCACUAAUUCCUUGGAGUUAAUUCCUCAGUCUCUCCUAUCGCAGGAAGGAAUAUUGGGUGUUCUUCCAGCUUGUGUGUUUGAGUGUCUGUGUGUUAAGAAGUUUGAUGGGGGUUUCAUUUAACUAAAAAACAUCGCUUUUCUGUUUUUGAUAGAUUCAUUCACGUUUCUUUGCACCAGCUGUUCCUCUCCUCGCCCGUCUGACCCCAAAACUCUCCCCCCAGGUCAUAUCAACAGAUUCUGUCUUUACCAGCAUUUUCUUUCUUUGUUUGUUGCCUUAUUAUAAUUAACGUUAUUACUUUUUAAUCUUUGUGUUGCUGCACUUGCUCUUCACACUGCUGUUGGACUCAGGUCGAGUCAGUAGUCUUUAAUCUAAAAGCCUUUUUAGAUUGACGAUUGCAUUUUACUGGAGAGAAACAAAAAUGCAAGUGGCUCACAUGUUUAAAAUAUCUCAAAAGUAUCAGCAGCAUGGUCUUAAAACAGUCAACCCUCCCUUAUCUCAAGUGCUGCACUGAAAAGCUGAUCUGUUCAUGUGGGCGGCUGUUCCUCUGCCUUGUAUAAUACAACACCAAGAGCAUGCUCCCCCCCCAAAAAAAAAAAAAAACAGUGAAAUUGUCAAUCCAAUUUUUUUUUUUUUUUUUUUUUUUUAAAGUACAAUUUUUCUGUACCAUAGUGUUUCCCUGAUUGGACAGCUGUAUAUAUUGCUUCUAAACUAUCGGUGAUGACCUCGCUACUUGGGAUUUAGAUAUUGAUUUGCUGGCUCUGCCAAGAUCUGUACAGUUCAUGUGCUAGUGGGUUGCCUGUAAUUCAUGCUUGGGAAAUUCUGUAACAUAGUUUCUAUUAAUAAAUGUAUGUAAAGGACAGACACCUAAACACCCCCCCCUGUCUGCACACUACUGAACCUGUUGAUUGGUUGAGGGGAGGUAGUGGAUUGACCUUAUGUGGAAACUAGUAUUUAUGUCUGCAAACUCUGAUUCCUCUCAUUUCUGUAUGGAGUGGAGAAUGGGGCACUGUUAUGUUUAUAUUUUCUUUGUCCGCCCCAUCAUCGCUCCUCCACAUGGGAGGGGCCUGCAUCGCUGUCUUAACUUUUGGGGAGUGGGGAUUGGUUUAUUAUUGUGGGAAGUUGGUGGGCUGGGUCUUCCUUUUUCCUGUGACCACUUCCUGCUUUUGUCUGUCCACAAGUACAAAAAAAGUACAUAUGUAUAAAUUUUUAAGGAGCUGUGCUAACAUUUCAAUGCGUUCUUGAGUGUAUAUGAUUUUAAAAUGUUGACCUUUUGAUUUUAAUGACAAAAUACUCUAGACAGAAAAAAUAAAUUAUACAUAACCUGUU